AUGAUGAUGGAGCCGGUGACCCGGCUUCCGUCCAGUACUGCUGCCUCAUAUCCCGCUGGCAAUGUCAGGAUUAUCUCGAGUUCCUAUGCAACACCCCGCAUGUGUUCGUAUCAGCCGAGAGCGGUGCCGUUCCCAUCCGUGCCAACGGGUUCCAUCUACACACAAGGACUCCAACAGCCGGCCCAGGGCUGCUGGGUGGCGACAGGUCAGGCGGCCGCCACGAGGUUGCAGCAGCCCGAGCUUGUCUCAAGCCCCUCCUUGCCGCCCGUUCAGUCGGCAGACUAUGCAGUGCAAACAGUGCAAUCAGUGCAAUGUGGUGCUCCUUCUCAAUGGCAUUCUUCUCAUGCAGUGUCGCCUUUGACGAUGGCUUCGCCAGUUGCGGCAACACCAGCAAUCCCAUCGGGCAGCCCCGUGUCAUUAGCAUCGAUGGGCCCACCUUUGUCCGCCCCCUGCAGCUGGCCUUCAGCUGACGCACGCGGCCAGUCCCCGGCCAUGGUGCCAAAACCGGAGGAUGCAGCGGAGCCAGCGGCAUCUCACGAUGUACAUGCCUCUGGCGAGGCUGUGGCCAACUUUCAACUGCCGCAGACAUCGCAGCACCCGAAGAAGAAGGGCAAAGCUCAGAAAGACAAGAAGCGCUGUGCGUGUUGCAACUAG